AUGGGCAUCUAUCCAGGAGGCAAGAGUACACGCAUAGACUCUCCUCGCCAUCUAACAAUACGGCACUCUCGCCGCGUUGUCGCCGCCAAUCGCGCUGACGCCCGUCUCAACGCUUUCCAGUCUGUGGCCGUCCUCGCAGACGGCAAGGUCGUCGAGGAUGAGAUUGAGCCAUUGCCCCCAGGCGAACAAAAGCUGAAUUCAUUCUGGGCCCCAGGCAUCGAAGCGGGCCCCAAACACAUCAUCUCAGUAAAGCAAACCAUCCAAGCAAACGGCGAACAACUCAACUUGGAGGCAGAGCAGCCUUUCUACGUUGAUGCACCGCAGUUCUCCCUGCCGGAUGGAAGCGUCCACUCUACGUAUCCUCCAGCAGGCUACAGCGAUGAUCAUAGAAUCCUGCCGCAUGUCGUCUUGACAGAUCCGCACCUCCCGUGGGAGAGGUUGGGAAGUCCAAAGGGCGGGACCAACAUGGAUCUCAAGGCGCAGAUGAAGAGAGUAGCCUUGGGCGCGGAUAAGGCAAGCAGCAUACCGCGCAACCGUGUACCAUGGCUUGUCGUGCUUGCAUUUUCCCAAGACGAGCUUCGACUGCCCCCGGAGGAUCUAGAGGGUGCAGGCAGUAUCUUCAGCGGUACUAGCGAUGGCGUUCUCAAGCCCGUCAAGCAGUCAUCUACAAUGACAGUCAACAUGAGCAUCGAUGACUUGUGGAAGCUAAAGUCUGAUGUGACAACACCAAUCACUGACAGACUCGGACCACCUUCUAUGAAAGAUAGCCGUGGGGACUUCAUCUUCGUACAGCCAGGGCUGUUCACCAGUCUCUUCUCGACAUUUGACGAUAAGGGUAAUCGAGUCAAGGGCAGUGGGCCGGAUACAUCACAGUACAAAUACCUUUCCCACGUGCGCAAGAUCAACGGCUCUGGAAUGGCUCUCGCUGGUGUUGAGGACACAGCUGUCUUUAGCAUCGUCGUCGGCAACAGAUCGGGACCGCUUGACAACGUCAUUCCAACCACCAUGUGCGCACAUCUAGUAUCCAUCGAAGGCGUGGAGGCCAUGAGCUAUCCGGGCCAGAACCACCGCUAUGUUGCCCUCUGCUCCCUUUAUAGCUGGAACUAUACAGUCCUCCCGCCAAAUACACUCAACGUACCAGAUGCUUUUGAGAAUCUGGGUCGCACUCUCGAUGUGUUGCGAGCCCCGGAUGAAGUCAUAGCGCCUCUGAAAGCGUCUGCAGACAAAGCCCAGCAGCUUGUUGGUCGCCGUCUGAGCGAUGGUUAUACCUUGGUCAAAUACCGCGUUCAAACAGGCGAGGCAACUGUAGCGCUGUAUCGAGGUCCUUUCACUCCCACUUACGUGCCUACCUUGGAGCAUCUGACCAAGUGCUCAACCUCGGGCGUGGACUUGCAAAUUCUUGACAAGAAUUUGGGCAUCAUGGAUGUGACAUACUCUGUGGCCUGGCAGGUUGGCCGUACUAUGGCCCUCGGUGAUCAAGCUUUUGUUGCUGCGCUGGGACGUGUCAGAACAGCCGUGCACGCCGCCGCAGCGAAGCAAGUCAAGAUCAAUGCCGUCAAGGAGGUUAAGGAUACUGCAUUUCGCACUCACGAUGACCUUCUCAAGGAUCUUUCCUCCAUGGUCAAGGGACUUGCAGAUAUCCAUCUUCAAAAGCGCGGUUCUGAGCCUCAAGACCCUGGGGAAGCUCCUGAUCAGAGAAAGCCUGGCAGACCCGAGUUCAGGCAUGGAGGGGCCAAGCGGCGAUGGCACCACAAGAAGCUCCAGCGUCGCGAUCGACCGACGCUCUCCUUCGCUUCGCCUCUCUUUGAGGACAAGUACCCAGCUGCUGCGCUGGAUUCUGUUCGCAAACUGGCUUCAAGUCGAUCGGGCGACCCGUAUGAUGAGACAAAUGAUCCGCAAUCCUCAGACUGGAUGACGGUACUCUCAUGGUUGAUCGACCGGAUGUUCCUCGCCGGUGUACCAGCGCACUAUCUCAUACCUGAUCCGAGUUACCUCCAGCCCGAGAACUUACGCUUCUUCCACAUCGACAGGAACUGGGUCGACGCCCUCAUCGACGGCGCUCUAUCCCUCGGUAACCAUUUCGGUACUGACGAGGACCGCGUCGCUAUCAAGAAAGCACUCAAUGACUACAUCGGUCGUACACCUGAUGGAAUGGCCCAUCGUGUCCAAAUACCUGCUUACGGCUUCUACCUCCGCUCAGACUUGGUGACUAUGUUUCCAGAUCUUCGCGUUGAGGUCCUUUCCAACGAUAGCGCCCUCAAAUCCGCUGGUCAGGAUCCUCCUGCGGGAGCACCUCUUUUGCGGCAUGAGAUUGUAGCGGACGGGGUCAUGAUGGCGUUCAUGGACCGUGUUCCCGGCUCUGCACAGUUUUCGUCUCUUGUGUUUACGCAGCCAGCCCACCAGCAGCGUUUUGCUGUUGCUCGUGGUCUAGACACGACUGAGGUUAAAGUCAAUAUUAGACGGCAGUAUACUGUUGACCAGAGCACCAGGGAAACAGAUAAGGACAGACACAAGGCACUCAAAGAGAUCAGAUACACUCCAACUGGGGAGAAAAACAUCUUCAUAUGGAACUCUGUACCCAACCAGAGUCUCAAUGACUUGCGUAUCUUACGCCUUCCCGCUUUUGCAGAUGUGCAGCUCAAAGUCCUACAAGACAUGAUGGGAAAGCAAGAAGGAACUGAUACAUCUUACUUUGAGGAUAAUGCUUCAACUUCUGCACUAUUUGCUAUGCAACUCAACGAUCCCAUUUAUAACUUAACCAUCAAUAUGGCUGAUGCAUCCAAGGCUGCACAAGCUAUAGCUGGCUUGGCUCCUCCUGACAUUGGGGACGGAAACCCGGAGCUGAGGACUAUCAACAUGAUGGAAGCCGUGCGGGUCAAGAAGCUGUCUGCCCCUGGUGCAGAAGUAUCUCCCGCACCAGCUGAGAACGAUCCACACGAUGAGGAUGAGCACAAUGAUGCAAACCGCGAAGAUACCUUCAUGAGGGCUGCGGACUACGUUUCUCCACUGGAUGUGGUUUCAAACUACCUCUCACCUCAUGUCCGAGCGAUGCCACUCCAUCAAGGCCCAAGUGUCAGCGACUCAGAUAAAUUUCCCACCAACUCCCAGCAAGGCACAGAUGGAGCCGUUCCCUAUAAAGUCAAACCACCUGAAUCUGAGCCCGCAUCAGCACCUCGCUUCCUCAUACGCGUCAGCAGCAACCUGGCCGACAAUCACAGCCAAGUCGUGCUAGACAGGUUCAACCUACCCCAAGAUCUCAUCUUCUCCAUCAUCCUGAAACAAAGCGAGAUCAACCAGUACCUCCUCAUGGAGGUCACCAUCGACAUCGCACUGGGUUCAUCCAGCGAUGCCACAUACGCUUUGAUGUCAAAUUACACUGGUCCUGGCGCACACAUGUUGACGAACCUGCGCUUUAACGUGAUUCCAACGACGUUUCAUGACCAGAAUCAGGAUAAGUAUUACUUGCGCAUUCGUCUACUUCCUAGGGCUGAGAAGGGAUGGGUCAUGGCGCCGGCUGUGCCUGAGUUGAGCUUUCUGCUCGGGUUGGCGAGUAUCAAUGCUCCAGGGCUUGGAACUGCAACUGCAAUGGUCCAGUCUCGAGCAAGAUAUUGCAGAAACCCCGCUCUUCCUCUGGUGGAGCCCAAUGUGAUGAUAGUGGAUAAUCCUCCUCUGUCUGUAGAAGUAGUUAUGCAUUAG